UUGGUUCGCUGUAUCGCCCGGGUGGACAGUAUAGUUACUUCAACAUUAAAUGGAAUAAAAUGCCGCGGAUUCAUGUAAAUAGAGACGUCACCUUAGCGUAAUUAUUUACUGCUUCGUAAUUAAGACCUUAAGACAUUAGGAGCACGUGUUGACUGGCCUAUUUUCGGGUUUUUAUCAGCAAUAUUUCAGGGAGAGGAGUGACGCCUCCCCCCCCCCCCCAAUCCCCCUCACCGCAGCAGCUGCUGGGAAGUUUGUCACUUUUUUCCCUGUUAACCAAACGAUGAACUAAGGACCUCCACUUCUCAACAUCACACAUCUCUCCUCAUCACACUCCUCCCUCUCGCCGGCCUGUCAGUGAAAGGAGCUGACAGCUGCUUCCCCACACCUGGGCAGGGAAAUGUGUGUGUGCGUGUGCCCUCGGAUGCAUGAUUGUGUCUGAGUGUUUUUGGGCUGAAGUAAGCGGUAGAAGACUGCACUUCCUCUCUCACCCUCUGAGAGGUGUUUCUCCACUUGACUGACAUUUGUGUCCACGACUGCAAAGCAUCAUGGGUAGGAAAAAGAUUCAGAUCCAACGGAUCACCGACGAAAGGAACAAGCAGGUGACAUUCACAAAGCGAAAGUUUGGCUUGAUGAAGAAAGCCUACGAGCUGAGUGUGUUGUGUGACUGCGAGAUCGCUCUGAUCAUCUUCAACCACGCGAACAAGCUGUUCCAGUAUGCCAGUACUGACAUGGACAAGGUCUUGCUCAAAUACACGGAGUACAACGAGCCUCACGAGAGCCGGACCAAUGCCGACAUUAUUGAGACUUUGAGGAAGAAAGGCUUCAACGGUUGUGACAGUCCAGAGCCGGACGGUGAAGACUCCAUCGACCAGAGUCCCCUGAAUGAUGAAAAAUACCGUAAGACUACAGAAGACCUGGAUGUCCUCUUCAAACGCUACGGGCAGUCCACCGCUCCGUCCCAGACCUUCUCCAUGCCAGUCACAGUGCAGGCGUCCAAUCAGAGCACACUGCAGUUCAGUAACCCUGGCAACGGGCUGGUAACUACCUCCUAUGUAACAUCAUCAUCGCUCAUGGAUACCCACCUCCUGUCGCCACAGCAACCGGCUCUCCAGAGAAACACGGUGUCUCCUGGGUUGCCACAGCGACCAGCCAGUGCAGGUGCUCUUCUCGGAGGCGAUCCCAAUAAUUCAAAUGGAGGAUGCCCAAGUCCAGUCCCUAAUGGAUACACCAGUGCCAGGGCCUCCCCAGGCCUCCUCACUGUUUCCAACGGCAACAGUCUGGGAAAAGUAGUUCCGACCAAGUCGCCACCCCCACCUCCGAGCCCCCAGAUGGUCAACAGCCGCAAGCCAGACCUCCGAGUCAUCACCUCGCAGGGCGGAAAGAGCCUCAUGCAGAUGACAGAGGAGGAGCUGGAGUUGGUAAACGAGAACGCCCAGCGGCUGGCAGCAGGAGUGCAGGUCGCUCAGAGUCUCACCACACCGGUGGUCUCCGUGGCAACUCCCAGCCUGCUGGCUCAGGGACUUCCCUUCUCCGCCAUGCCCACCGCGUACAACACAGAGUACCAGCUGACCAGCGCAGACAUCACUGCUCUGCACGCUCUGGCGUCACCUGGCGGCUUGCUGCCAACCAGUGUGUCGACAUGGCAACAGCAGCAGGUUGUUUCCCAGCAACAACAACAACAACAACAGCAGCAGCAGCAAGCACAGCAACAACAACAGCAGCAAAUUAAUCUUGCAUCUCUAAGCAACUUGGUCAUGUGGGGCGUGGACAAACAGAGCAGCGAGCUGUGUAGCCAGGUGUCCAGUCUGGCUGCCAAUCUGAGUGUUGGCUCUCCGUCCAACCUGCUCUUGGGUAGAGAUGAGUGGUUGGGCCGGCCGGUGGCACACAUACCUCAAGGCGCCAUGCUGACCGUCAACACCAACUCGUGCGUGAGCAUCAAGUCGGAGCCUGUGUCACCGGGACGGGAUCGCAGCACCCCUUGCCCUCCUCCAUCUUCAUCCACGCCGUCCUCCACCUCAGGGGGGGCCAUCCUGACCGCCCCGCCUCAGUACCCUGGCUCCCUGCUGUGCCUGGAGCCGCCGACCGGCCGCUCGCCCGCAGACAGCGUCAGCAGCAACGCCAGCUCCUUCGAAGGCAGCGAUCGCGACGACACCGGUGCAGCAGGCGGAGGCGGAGGGGGCAGCGCGGCCGGUGCUACAGGAAGCGGCGGCCCCGGUGGGCGCCCCGACUUCAGCCCCUCGGCGGAGCUCCUCAGGGCAUCGAACGAACCAGAGCAGGAGGGAGGAAAUAUCAAGCGCAUGAGAUUAGACACCUGGGUCACAUAGAGCCGCUCCUCUCUCCAGCCACAGUGAAGUUCUGGUGACACUUAAACACACACACUCACACUCAUCCUGUACACCCCCACUGCCCCCACCUCACUGCCAUGUGACACUAUCAUCACACAUCUGCCUCUGUCCAAAAUGAUACAACUCAGCUGCGUCUUUGCCAAAAAAACAUAAAAAAAUAUAAAAGUAAAAACCCUUUGGGGAUCACGCUCUGAGGGAGGAGCCUCAGCUGGAGAUCCUGUCCCGUGUAGACCCGUGAGUAAUGGACGGUAGAUUUUUAAAGACUUCUUGCUUGAACGGACUUCGUUUAGUCAUUUCUUUUUUUGCAAUCUGACAAAACCAUAAAAACAUUGAUCCCUCACAUGGUUUCACCUUCAUGUAUUUACAUUGUUCACAGUGGCGUGGCUCCAUUAUGAGACUACGCCAACAUCGCUUGGAUCGUGUGCUGUCCAUUCUUCCAUAAGUCACCUCCUAACUGCACUUUUGGAUAGAACUUAAUCUGGAGAUGUUUGAGGGCUGAGCAUCUAUCUGGCACUGAGCAAACAGACGCAACCGAGGUGGUGAAGAUUUCUCACCACAAAGGCUUCUUCACGCUGCCUCAUCUUUCGACCUCAGACACCAUGGCGGGCCCGAGCCAUAGGGUGGAACAGAGCAGCUUGCCAGAGUGCCAAUAUCCCCCUCUCCUCGACAACAAAAAAUGCCAAAUGCCUCUCGCACACGAUGCAGGGACAAAGCGAUCACUGUCGAGGACUAGAAACUGAUGAUGCUCUUCAGGCUUUGACGUUGCUUUCCUCAGACGGGCGGCUCCUCCCGUCCUCUCACCUCAUCUCCUCUCUAGGAUGGAAAUUGUUGCACCAGAAAUCCAGCCAGCCGCUCGGCUUAUUACCAGGAGUAGAUGCCAUCCAGUGAAAUGCAUAGUAUGAGUUAUCCGAGCCCCUCUGGCUGCUUCUUUUAGGUAGGGAAAGUAUUUGGGUUUUUCAGUCCAGGUGUUCUUUAUCUGUUGGUAUUUGAGAAAAAAAAAAGCUUGUUUUGAAGGUCCGUUAGUUGUCCAAACGUAGGAAUUCUGACUUUGUAUAAAAAUCACUCCUUAUACAAAAGCUUUGAUGUCCUCUCUAGCUCUCUCUAGCUCUCCUCAGCUCUUUGGCGUAUUUCAAAAAGUGAAAAGGAGAAAGACAUUUUCUAUAUUUCUACCGCUUCAGUUGGCGACAAAGUGAAAUAGCUUUUCAGCUUCAACCACGUGUAUGUACAUACGACUAUAUUUGCAUAGACUUUGCUAGGUAUCCCUAAAAACAAGCAAUGUGUUGAUUCUCAGUGGAUCUGUUUGCGUAUAUGAGUGUGACUUUGAUAUGUGGAGCUCCGAUGCAGGGGUUUCGCCACACUAGGUAGUGCUGGUGGGUCGGACGUGUUUCAGUAAACCUAUUUUAUGCUAGUGUUGGUGGUGUGUGCACUUUCUGUCUCACUCACAGAGGCCUGCUUGGUUGUGGUGUCAUCAUAUUCUCCUUCCACACUUAUUUAAAAACCCACGAUCAAAGUAAUAUUGUCCAUUACCACCUGACCAUAAAACCAUUCACUCAUAGUUAUGAGAUAAAAUGCACUUCUUUGACAGAGUUUCCUCCACAGACACAGAUUAUGCCUUUUUUCACUUUGAAAUGAAGUCAAGAAAUUGGCUACCAAGUGCUGUGUUUGUGGUUUUUAUAGUAUGUUCUCUAGAUUAGUCGAAAACCAUUUCAACGGUGUGUGUAUGAGUGUGUACACAGGUUGUUCAUAGCCUUCAAAUAGGACAUUUCUUCUGACUGCUCGACCUUUUCUUUUCCUCGAGAUGAUGCUGAGUGAAGACUGGUUUGUUGACUGUUAUUAUCUGCUUGAACAAUCCUACACCUGUAAGUCGGUGUGGGUGAAGUGCAGAAGGUAGCUGCUUUUAUGAAUCGAUGCGAUGCGAUAAGUCACAGCAGAGAGUGAUACCAGUGUCUGACGUCUCCGCUGUGGGUUUGUGGUGAGAGAAGACGUCAUCGCACUGCGAGACAUCUUCAGUGUUGUUAAGGCUCUCUGUGAUCAGGUAAUUUCUCCGUCCCUCACUCGACAGUGCAUUGAGUAGCUUUUUACUCUGCUGAUUUCAGGUUAGAACAGUUUUUCUUCUGUCAAUCAUCAACUUAAACUCAUGUAUGAGAACAAUUGCCUCCUGAACUACUUAACGAGUAGUUCUACAUUUUGGGAAACUUGCACUUUCUUACUGAAAAUGUGAUGUAAAUAUUGAUACUGCUUGUGCAGCAAAUCUGCAGUUACUGCCAUUUAGCUAAGAAGAAAUGGGUAAUUCUCUGGCCUGGCUCUGUCUAAAAGUAAUUAUACUUUUCAUAAAAUGCAUAUAAAUUAGCAUUUUCACCCAAUUUCCAUUUAAACUGAUAUGAGUUGGGUUCACUGUUGCAAAUACAUAGCAGUAGCUCAUUUGUGCUGUUUAAAUCAUGUGACUACAAGGCUAAACAUGGGUUUAACCAUAUUCUCAAGAAAGAAUAAAGCAUAACGUUCUUAAGACUCCUUUUUACACUUUGCAUUAAACAAUCAUGGAGUUAUUCACUGGGACUGAUGAUAGUAGUAUCAUUUUUUUAUUAUUGAUCAACCUUCAGACAGAGCCAGGCAAGCUGCUUCCCCCUGUUUUCAGUCUUUAUGCUAAGCCAAGCUAACUGGCUUCAUAUUUAACAGACAGGCAUAAGCGUGGUGUCAAACUUCUAACACUGUAAGAACGCAAAUAAUUCCCCAAAUGGAAAACUACUCCUCUAAAGAUCCGAACGACCAGCUGAACCAGCCUUCAGGCCGCUAAUGCAUCAUUUCAAAUUUUUUCAAAAACUGAUUUCAGUGGAAACGCUUUGUGUUAGUGGGUGCUGAUGGUUGACUGAAAUGUGACACCACACCGAUGGCUCCCUGCCCCCUGCAGGUUUCUUCAUGUACAGAAAGAUUCUCUGUCCAAUCUCGCAGCUCAGUCACAAGACAAUCUAUAUGAGAAAUGAAAACCUGCAUCCCUGUUACUCGUUGUGUACAAUGUUUUUUAGAAACUCACUUUUUUUUGAUUAAUUUGUGCUGGUGACAGUUCCAUUGUCUAUUAUUAUGAUGAUAUUAUUAUGGAGCUUUUAUUUUAUCGCUAUUUUGUGUAGGAUAGUUUUCUCUUGUUUUCUCUUCCUUAUCAUGAACAUAUAGUACUGGUUUCCUUUUUUUAAAACAACUUGCUGAAAAUUGCACGAUCAGUUAUUUUGGUAUUAGCAAAUGCAAUGAAGGAAAUGCCAGUUAAAUGCUGCAAUUUAAUUAAGAUAUAGAAUAUAUUUAUAAAAAUGGGAAACAACUGAAAUUAGUAAUUCAUUCAAUUUGAAAAAAUGUAAAUGCAUGGGAUACAGGUAACAAGGUAUGUUACGUACAGUAAUGAUACAGGACAUGCAUCACAGUGAGCUUUUAAACGGCUCAGAAUAAUGUAGCAUAUGAAAUACUAAAGAUGAAAUUUAUAGCUAAUAUAUUGUGUUGAGCUAGUCUGCUUUGGGUUUUUGUUGUAAAGAAAAUAUUUCUUUGUGUUGUUUUUUUGAGAAUGAUAUACAAUUUGUGUAUAUUUUCAUAUACAAAGUAUGCACUGAUAUGUUAUUGAAAUUCUAUACCGCUUUUACAAAAAAAGUGUUUGUUGUACCAAAGUAUCCAAGUCCCUUGAAACCUUACCCUUUUUGCGUAUGUUUUACCGUAUUUUAUAUAUUAAAUAGACAAACUGAGUGAAAUGAA